AGGCAUAUUAUAGGCUACAUUUUAAAACAUUUAAUGUGUAGGUAGGCUAGUUGUGUCAGAUUUAAGUUAAACUUAGAGUUACGUGAAUUUGAAUAUACAACGUUCUUAGUGAAAAAUAAAGCACAAGUCACUCCCAUUUCAGAGAAAGUGAAAGUGAGAGGUUGCAGUCAGGAAGAUGGCAGAGAGCUGUCAGGAGCCAGGUCCUUUGUCCUGCCCAAUAUGUUUGGAUAUCCUGAAGACUCCUGUGACUCUGCUUUGUGGCCACAGCUACUGCAUGGACUGUGUGAGAUGCUACUGGGACCAGGAGGACCACAAAGGUGUUUACAGUUGUCCCCAGUGUAGACACACCUUCCUCCCUAGGCCUGUGUUGAACAAGAACACAGUGCUGACUGAUCUGGUGGGGAAAAUGUCGGAGACAAUGGAAGCCAGCCCUCAUGAGAAGGAUGCAGUUAACCCCGGGGAUGUCGAGUGUGAUUUCUGCACAGUGAAGAAGUUCAAAGCUGUAAAGUCGUGCCUUGUUUGCCUGGCUUCCUACUGUGUCACUCACUUGCAGCCCCACUACGAGUCUGCUGCUUUCAAAAAGCACAAGCUGGUGGAAGUUACCUGCGUGCAAGAGAAGAUCUGCUCAAAGCACGACAAGCUGCUUGAAGUUUACUGCCGCUCUGAUGACCAGUGCAUUUGUCUGCUUUGUGUGAUGGAUGAGCACAAAGGUCACAACACUGUCUCGGCUGCAGCAGAGAGGAAAGAGAGACAAAAACAAUUUGAAAAGGGAAAACCAAGCUUCCACCAGGGAAUUCAGGAGAAAGAGAAAAAACUGCGACAGCUGAGACAGAAAAUGAAAGAGCUGCAGAGUUCUGCAAAUGCAGCUGUUUAUGAAAACGAGAGAGCCUACAAUGAAAUGGUCCAGAUGGCGGGUAACAGGCGUUGUGCUGUUAAAGAGAUGAUAAAAGUCCAGGAGAAGGCUGCGGCAGGCCGAGCAGAGGCCCUCGAGGAGCGGCUGGAGAGGGAAAUCUCUGAGCUGAGGAAAAGAGAGGAUGACCUGAGGCAGCUGUCUCUCACUGAGGAUCACAUUCAUUUCCUGCAGAGCUGCAAGGACAUUUUUGACUGUCCACAAACCGAUGUGACUGCUGAUUCAAACAUUCAUCUUCACACCAAUUUUGACUUUGUGACAAAGGCCAGUUCUGUUCUGAAAAACACAAUGGAAAACCUGAGAAAAGCUAUUGAUGACAUUGCUGAAGCAAUUCAAACUGAUCCUGAUCCGAAGACAAGACAGGAGUUCUGCCUUUAUUUCUGCCUCCUCACUAUGGAUCCCAACACAGCCUUUGAAAACCUUCUCCUCUCUGAGGGCAACAGCAGAGUGACCUGGAUUAAAAAGGCCCAGAAGUAUCCGUACCACCCUGAUAGAUUUACCAAGUAUGAUCAGGUGCUGGGCUCUGAAGGUCUAUCUGGAGUUUGCUACUUUGAGGUUGAAUGGCGGGGUACCAGGGUUGAGCUCGCUAUGUGUUAUAAAGGGGCAGAGCUGGAGGAAAGUGGAUUUGGAUUCUCAGAUCGGUCUUGGUGCAUUUCCCUUUCAAGUUCUGGUUGCACCUUUUGGCACGAGGGAAUCAAAACCAAAAUAUCCAAACCAUGCUCCUCUAAUGUAGGAGUGUAUCUCAACCACAAGGCUGGGAUUCUGUCCUUCAACAGCCUGUCUGAUUCUGGUCAAAUGAGCCUCCUUCACAGAGUCCAGACCAACUUCUCUCAGCCUCUGUACCCUGGGUUCAUGGUCUCCAAAGGGGCCUCACUUAGGAUUCUGUCCCCCAAGUAAGAAGAAUCCAGUGUCACACCUGAAUUAGCACGUCACCAGUAUGUUCAUUUUUUGUGCACGGUUUCAUUUUGCUUAUUAUACUUAAAGCUUGUGUUCUUAUAAUUUCGUUGUACAUUGUAUAAUGACAAAGACAUUCUAUUCUAUUCUUUGUAAUGUGCAUUGUUUGCAAAGAAAAUGCUGAAGAUCAGAAUGGCUAAACAGGGUUUUUUGUGCUUCUGAAUCUGUUCAUUAUUACUCAUCCUGUAAUGAAACCAAUUCCACUGUAAACUCAGCUCUUAAUUUUAAGUCUCUGUUAAAGUGUUAGUAACUUUACAAAAAAGAUAAAAACGUUGUCAGACUCAUCAUGUUAAGUCAUCUUUUUUAUUAAAAAAUCUUCAUUUAG